AUGAAGGUUUUAUUCGCCCUCUUGGUUGUACUUUUAUCGGCUGUGCUUGUGUUGGGUGGUAACAUUCCCGUAAAUUCAACCAAGUACUCUGCAUCAUCAACCGAUGCUCCAGUUCUUACUAUUAGAGAUGUUCAGGAAUUGCAAAAGGUUUCUGGUGCUUCUGUUUCAGUGGAUGGACGUUAUGCUGUUUAUUCUGUAAAGCAAUGGAGCUCAAAGACUGGAAAAUCAACAUCUGUUCUUGAAUUGUUGGAAAUUCAAAGUGGAAAGAUUAUUCGUUUCAAGGAAGGAAGUAAUGAUUUCUCUCCAAAGUUUACUCCAGAUGGUCAAUUCAUCUUGUUUUUGAGUACUAGUAGAGGAAGUGCUAACAGUCCACAACUUUACUCUGUUCCAGUUAAUGGAGAUGAAAGCCAAAUUGCCAGAUUGACUGAUUAUGAUGUUCCAAUUGAAUCAUACAAGAUUAGCAAGUCUGUUAAUAAUGGUGUCUUUUAUAUUGCAUUCAGUGCUAAGGUUUACACUAGUUGUAAGAAUAGAAAUGAAUUGUUAUCAUGCUCUAAGCAAUUGAAUGAUGAAUGGGAAAAUAAGGGUUCUAACACUGGUUAUGUCUAUACUAAAUUGUUUGUUAGACACUGGGAUUAUUAUAUCACUGAAGGAAAGGUUUCACAUGUCCUUUUACAAAAGGUUAAAGUUGGUUCUUCAUUGAGCUUGAUUGAUCAACCUUGGGAUACCAUGUUUGGUAUGGAUUCUGACUCUCCAAUUCCACCAUUUGGAGGUGAAGAACAAUAUGACAUCUCCAAGACUGGUAGAUAUGUUGCUAUUAAUUUGGAAAUUAAUAGUCAUAGAGUUGCUUGGACCACUGGUUGGAAGAUUUAUGUUGCUGAUGUCUAUGGUUACAAUACUCAAUCUGGACCUAUUUCCACCUCUGAAUUGAAGAAGAUUACUGGUUUCACCGAAGCUAGAACUCAAAAUCCAACCUUCUCUCCAUUCCAAGACGAAGUUUUGGCCUAUUUGGCAAUGACCAAGCCAGGCCAUGAAAGUGAUAAUCUUCACGUCAACAUGUACAAUAUUUUGACUGAUAGAACUAAUCAAUCAAUUCAAUCUCAAAGUCUUGAUAGAUCCAUUGGUGACAUUGUUUGGUUCGAUGCCAGUCAUUUGAUUAUUGGAUACAGUAAUGAUGGUGCCAAUGUUUUGUCCCUUCUCGAUAUUUCUACUGGUUUCAAUGGUACUGUUACUCCAAUCACCAAUGAAGGUCAUUCAGGUUCAGUUGUUGUUGUUUCUCCUGGUGUUAGUGCUAUUUUCUCAUUUGAUAGUUAUAUCAAGCCAUCUGAACUCUGCCUCCUUAAGAGAAGUGGAAGCAAUCACUUUGGAAUGGCUUAUUUGACUGAUCACAAUCCUCACUUGGCUGUUUUCAAUUUGGCCAAACCAGAAAAGCAAUACUUUAUUGGUGCUUUGGGUGAACGUGUUCAAGCUUGGGUUUUCAAACCAACUAAUUUCAAUUCAGGCAAGAAGUAUAAGGUCGCCAACUUGAUUCAUGGUGGACCUGAAAGUUCUUUCACUGAUUCUUGGUCCUACAGAUGGAAUCCACAACUCUUUGCCAGUCAAGGUUAUGCUGUUAUUAUGAUUAACUUCCACGGCAGUGAUGGUUUUGGCUUGAAGUUCAAGGAAUCUAUUUUGGGUAACUGGGGAAGCUAUCCAUAUGAAGAUAUUACAAAGGGUACUGAUUUCCUUAUUAGUACUAAUAGCUUUAUGGAUGGUAAUUCAAUGUGUGCUCUUGGUGCCAGUUUUGGAGGUUUUUCUGUCAAUUGGCUCCUUGGUCACAAUGAAAACAACAGAUUCAAAUGUUUUGUCACUCAUGAUGGCUUGAGUGAAUUGGUUAGUUCUUAUUAUUCAACUGAUGAGCUCUGGUUCCCAGAAGCUGAAUACCAAGGCACUCCAUUCACAAAUAGUGAACACUAUCAAAAGUUCAAUCCAAUCAACCAUGUUACCAAGUGGAAGACUCCAACUUUGGUUAUUCAUGGUGGUAAGGACUUCCGUCUCCCAAUUGCUCAAGGUUUGACUGUUUUCACUGCUUUGCAAAGACAAGGUGUUCCAAGCAAGAUGAUUGUCUUCCCUGAAGAAAACCAUUGGGUUUUGAAGCCUCAAAACAGCAUGUUAUGGUAUGAUACCGUUUUGGAUUGGUUAGCCACUUGGUUAGGUCAAUAAAUUCAUCACACCAUGAUCAUUUAUUCA